CCGCGUUAAUCAGCCACAACCUCCCAACACUGGCUUCUCACGCUUCCUCCACCCCUCCUCCGCAGCUCUCGGGGAAGGCUGCCUCUUUGAUGAGCGUAACCAUCCAUGAGUCUCGGAUGAUGCCCUCGUAUGCUUCAGACAACAAUGACCUCGCCUCCUUCGCAUUCGGACAAUCAGCAUCCACUACCUCCGCGCGCUCCCCUUCAGACAGAUCGCCAGCAACAAGGGACAACAGGGAGGGCCCACUUCCCAAUGGCAACACCACCAAGAUGAACGUCAAGUUGCCCAAUGGGACCUCGAUGCAAUCUGUGCCCAACGGCCGCCCUACCAAGCCGUCUAGCAUGGAGAAGCGUUUGUCACAUGAAGAGGGCCCCUCAGCGCGCGGUAGAGGAGACUACGGCGACUCCGAGAGCCUCAGCAAGUCACCAAAUAGCCGCGGGAACUCGAACGAGACGCCUAGGAGAGACGACGGCUACUUCGCCUCGGUAUACAGCAGCGAGACCAAAGACCUGUUCGGUGGCACAACCAGGGUGCAGCUAGGGCAACUCAACUCGUCUGAUGGCACCAAAGAAGCCCGCAAAGACUUCAUCCCCCAUCCAACCUCGCCCCCGCCCUCGCUACCACAGCCUGAGACAGGCGAGACGGCUGCAAACCUACAAGUACCCACCCAACCGUACCGCGUCUCCUCUCCAGCUGCCUUCAACCACACUAGUCCUGCCCCAUCACAGCAUCCCCAUCGUUUGCAGCAGCGUCACACGCUGGAGGUGCCCAAGCUCGCUACUUCCCGCACUCGCGAACAGCAGAAUAACACCGACGACGUCGUCAGCGCAAGUGGCAGAUUCUCGCCCAGCACGCCGCAACGCCGGAGAGGCUCCAUGUCUCUGGUGCGGAGAACCACGCGGUCUGUAAACUCGGAUAUGCACCUGGAUGAGGUACCGCAAGACGACGAUGCGGCGCGAUGGGCAGAGCACAUCCGACAGAAGCGGGCCAGUAAGAGGAAGAGGAAAGAGGACGACGACGACGAUGACCGCGUAGUAGUGGGAACCAAGGUGGACCAGAACCAUGUCAAUUGGGUAACAGCCUACAACAUGCUAACAGGGAUUCGAUUCACCGUGUCGAGAACGAACGCCAAGAUGGACCGAGAGCUCACCGACGCCGACUUCGAUGCGAAGCACAAGUUUUCGUUUGACAUAACUGGCAACGAGCUUACGCCUUCUGCCAAGUAUGAUUUCAAGUUCAAAGACUAUGCGCCAUGGGUCUUCCGCCAUUUACGCUCCACCUUCAAGCUAGACCCAGCCGACUACCUCGUAUCACUAACGAGCAAGUACAUUCUUUCCGAGCUCGGCUCACCCGGCAAGAGUGGCAGCUUCUUCUAUUUCUCCCGAGACUACAAAUACAUCAUCAAAACGAUCCAUCACGCUGAACACAAGUUCCUUCGGAAGAUAUUAAAGGACUAUUACAACCACGUACAAGAGAACCCCAACACGCUUCUUUCCCAGUUCUACGGCCUACAUCGCGUAAAGAUACCCUAUGGACGCAAAAUCCAUUUCGUUGUCAUGAACAACCUAUUUCCCCCACAUCGAGACAUUCACACUACAUUUGAUUUGAAGGGAUCGACUAUUGGACGAGACUUCAAGGAAGAGGAGUUGGCCGCGAACCCACGCGCAACCCUCAAAGACCUCAAUUGGUUGCGAAGAAAUCUGCACCUCGAGUUUGGGCCGACCAAAAAGAACAUGUUCAUUGAGCAGAUGGAAAAGGACGUGAAACUUCUACAAAAACUCCACAUCAUGGAUUACUCGCUUCUCAUUGGUAUCCACGAUUUGGAGAAGGGCAACGAAGAAAACUUACGCGACAAGACAUUGAAAGUUUUCUCACCAGGAGGUGAGGAAGCACCGGAUCCACAGCCUAACCAGCUCAUGCGGACGCCUUCGAAGCUAGAGAGCGCACGAAAGGCCAGGGAGUUGAGACAAAUGGUCAAGACACAGAAGCCGGUGCCCAUGGAGCAGACGUUAAGCAAGAUGCCGGAUGAGCUACAAGAUGCUAAGAGGAACCUUUACUUCUACUCCGAGGAUGGUGGCUUCCGAGCUACACACGAGGACGAUGCCCCUGGGGAGGAAAUCUACUACCUGGGCAUCAUCGAUUGUCUCACACACUACUCCAUCGUUAAACGCAUGGAGCAUUUCUUCAAAGGGCUCGCAAACACCGAGUCGCAAAUCUCUGCCAUCCCUCCCGAGCGCUACGGUGACCGCUUCGUAAAGUUCAUCAGCGGCGUAACCAAGACUCGUGAAGCAGCGGACCGUGAAAAGCGCGAAGAAGCCGCAAACCCCAUCCGUGAUUCGACUCACAACAUCAACACGGUGUCGCGGUCGUCCACCGACAAAGUCAUGGAGAAGGCGGAGCAUCAAGCUGAGCGCUCGAGACAGCGUGGACGCAGCGAGGAAGAUGUACCAAACCGUGAGAUGAGGGCCGUAAGGAGUCCGUCUGCUGAGCGAGGGGAAAUAGGAACUACUCUCCCCGUCGUCGAAGAGGCCGGUGAAUCGUCAAGCGUAGGUGGGCGAAGUAACCGCAGUGCAUCCGACGAUACGGCCAACGGCAAUGAAACCCUGAACUUUCCACUACCACCACCAUUGAAAGAAACUCACCUCGGUCCUCCACAACUCAACUCGAGCUCAAGAUGGAGGUCGAGGUCCGGGGAAAGAGACCAAUCGCAUGGCCGUCCGCCACCUACGCCUCCAAAGGACUCAGGGACAGCAAGUAGUGAGGGACGACCGCCCACACCCCCGAAAGACGACACCUAUAUGAACAACAAUAGAGACUCUGGACCGCCGACGCCACCAAAGGAGAGGAGGGGGAGAAGUCCGGCGCGGAAUAAGGAGUUGCCGCGUACCCCACUGGAGACUACGCUGCACGUCAACUGAACUAUACCCGUCUGCCAGGAGAUUGGAGGUGCACGACAUUGAGCACUCUGUGUAGUCCGCCUAUCUUCUCAUUGUCAUACACGGAGCUCUUUUUACAUUUUUGCACAUGCAUUUGGGCCUUUGCUUGUUUCCAUAUGUUUUCUUCCCUGCGUUUGCGAAUGCAUGAUACCAUGAGCAAGAAAGAUAUCCACCGCUUUAUGCGGGGUUUGAUGCUGCUCACUCCAAUUUUCUCCUUUGUUUCCAUCUGUUGUCCAAUUUUUCUUUUCUUUUUUUGGGGGUUUUGCUCAAAUCAUCGUUAUCAUGUAGCCUUCUCCCUCUCUCCCUCUCAGCACUAGCUGUGUAUUGCCUGAACGUCCUGCAAUAACAACCUUCCUCCCUUUUCUCUUCGUUCUAGCUUACAUCGUGGGUGGAAACUUAGAUUAGCCUCGAAUUUUCUUCUUUCGUCUCUGU